GCCGUUGUUGCGUUCCAUAAAAGCUUAGGGUUCCGGAUUCAAGGGAGGUUAGUCGCCACCGUCCCCUUACGUUAGCUUCUCUCAAUCAUCGUCGAAUUUCUACAGAUUCAGCAAUUAUGGGUGAAGAGGAGGACGCUGUGUCGUUGGAUCAGAAUAGCUCUGGUGGUGGCGAAGAUUCGUCGCUCCGUCGUAAUCGCCACUCGUCGCCAUUACCGCCGCAUCUAUCUUCUAAAGUGCUUACAUUGCCCACCGUGUUAACCCUUGGCCGUGUAGCUGCCGUUCCGAUUCUCGUCGCGACCUUUUACGUCGAUUGCUGGUGGGGGAGAACUGCCACAACGAGUAUUUUCAUUGCAGCAGCCAUUACAGACUGGCUUGACGGAUACAUUGCAAGAAAGAUGAGGUUAGGUUCUGCGUUUGGUGCUUUUUUGGAUCCAGUGGCAGAUAAGCUUAUGGUAGCAGCAACAUUGAUUUUGCUGUGUACUAAACCUAUGGACGCUAUUGUGUUAGGACCUGUUCCAUGGUUAGUGACAGUACCUUCAAUUGCCAUUAUUGGUAGAGAGAUUACUAUGUCAGCGGUAAGAGAAUGGGCUGCAUCUCAAAACGGCAAGCUUUCUCAGGCUGUUGCUGUAAAUAGCUUGGGAAAGUGGAAAACUGCAACGCAGAUGAUUGCGUUAACCAUACUGCUCGCAAGCCGGGAUAGCAGUUUUGAGAGGCUAUUGCCGUCUGGUAUUGGGUUGCUCUAUGUAUCUGCAGGGCUCUCUGUAUGGUCUUUAGUUGUUUAUAUGAGACAGAUUAUGAGAGUAUUGCUAAAGAAGAAGUAGCAACAUUUUAUUUUUAUGGCUUUUUGCAUUCAGUAUAUACACAGAGUGGAAGCUUGCCCAGUGACAUAUUACCUCUCUUCUUCUUGAAGAAAGCUGACUAAUCUCUCUCUCUCUAUCUGGAUACAAAACGAAAGUAGCUGGGCAAGCACUAUAAGACUCUUAUCUUUAGACUCUGGUUUGGUUUUGUAUAAUACCUCUUAAUCACAUUGCGCCUCCACGCUCACCAUGCACUGAGUUUAUUGAAGCAGCAAGCAAGAGCUGAUGGGCCAUGGAGGAAAGAAAAGCAAGCAGGCUAUGUUUCAUUCUAGUUUGGAGACUUGCUUUGGUCUCAUGAACUCAUGAGAUGAUAAAAAAAACAGUUAUUGCUUAUGCCAUGUAGGAUCUUUUUCAAUACUUUACCUAUAAAAUAAAUCUUCGGUUACAGUGUC